AUGGCAUCGAACGAGAACUUGGCGCCCUCGUCGGCAGAGGGAAGUAUAACACCAUCUUCCAAUUCAAACUCCACGAAGCCAUCAUCGAUCCCGACGAAGCCCUUCAUCAAUCGCCAUAACCGUAUCUAUAUCCAUGAGCCUACGCUACUAUACCCCCUACCUGUGGACUUGGCGGAACUUCAUCGCCAGUCCCUGCGUACCCUCAUGCUCUUUCAAUUAUUCGGCGGCCCAACGACAGCCCCUGAAUUUUCCAACAAGCCACCAUCACGUGUUCUUGAGGUAGGAUGCGGAUCUGCUUUUUGGAGCAUGAUGUGUCAUCGAUACUUCGCGCAGCACGGUCACAGCUCCAUAUCUUUCACUGGUCUUGAUAUCGUACCUCUCGUGGGUACCGGGCUCGAUCAGAACUGGAAGCCCGAUAAGGAUAUGCGAUGGCGAUUCGUUCAACAUGAUAUGCGCCGUACCCCAUGGCCACUAGCUGACAAUGAAUUUGACUUGAUUAUGGUCAAAGAUAUGUCACUCUCGAAUUCGAUGCGCGACCCACAGCAGUUCUUCGAGGAGUAUCUCCGCUUGCUUAAGCCAGGUGGAGUACUAGAAUUUUGGGAAAGCGAUCACACCAUUCGCAUGCUACGACCUCACAUCCUGAAGAAAUCGGCAGUCAUGAAACCCGACUCCGACUCUGAUUCGGAUGAUAGCAGUGAAGAAGAGGACAGCACGGAGAAAUUAGGAGCCUACAUCAUGACGAAUAACACCCCUCUCAGCGCACCACUCAAUCCGUUCCUCGUAGAGUAUAACGGCUGGGCGACUAAGGCGCUUGAUGCCCGAGGCCUGUCUGCUGUCCCUUGUACGCUGAUUGGCCCGCAUCUUCUCCAAGAAGCGGAUACGCUUAUGGAUGUACGAUCUAAGCGAUUAGCAGUACCACUUAGCGAGAUCAGAUGGGAGCGUGAGGGCGUUGGCGGUGUUGUAACCAAGGAUGGCAAAAGCUACAUUGACUCGAUGAAGGGGAAGGGCAGGAUGGAUUCGAGAAACGAUAAGCCACGAGGUAAAAGCCUAACUACUAGUCAAGCCGCUCUCCGACGAACUGCUCUCGAGACAGUGGUAGGCAUGAUCCUCUGCCUCGAACCUAUUCUGAGGGAGGUUAGCGGGAAGAGUCAAGACGAAUGGGAUGGGUGGACAGGCAAGAUGAUGAACGAUCUAUUGCGUGAGGGGGGCACAAGUUGGGGAGAGUGUUUGGAAGUUGGAGCCUGGUGCGCCAGAAAGAAGCUAAACACGGUGGUAUGA